CUAUACAUAGUGGUGUGGGUAACAUUACAGUCGUAAGUAAUUGGGGAUGCAACUUUGAGUACCGCCGACUAGGUCGAGUAUAACUACACCGCGCGAUGCAUCUUUUGGGGCUUGCUUUACUUGUCAUUUCUUCGCAGUUAAAUUCCGGCCACACCUUUUCUCUGCCGAGGUCUAAUAAAGCAGGAUGCGCGAUCAAUUUGGACACUAGCUCGCCUACUUUUCCUCCUCAUUUGAUUGACGAAAAUAAGAAAAUUGUUUUGCCAGUAAUAGAAGGCACAGCAAGAAUUAUUAAUCUGAACGAAGGUCAGCAGGUGACGGUUAGCUGUUUGGGCGUUGGGAAUCUAUUGAACGCUACCGGUUUACAAUUGAAUCCGGCCACAUGCGCGGCCAGUUCUAAUUUACAGUUUGCGGACGGAACGGAAUUUUCCUAUGAUGAACUCACCUGCCUAAUUCAAAAUCACGAAGUUUUAGUUGAACAGGGAACGUGCGCCAACGGGCCAGGUACAUUUAUUCGAAGCGGAUGGGAAUUUGGCGCAGAUUUCAUUCCCUUGUAUGACAUGUGUCACGAUGAAGCUUUAGCUUUGAAUUAUUACGCUAUUGACACUGUAUACGGUCGUUCAGCUAAUGCUGAUGACAAGACCAACGACCGACCUUAUUAUUUCAGCCAAGAUGUAUAUUUUCCUGGUAUAAGCGUCAAUACUCAGUACACACAAGUUGAACAAACCAAAACGAUUGCUAUGAUCGUGGGAUCUGAAGAAUUGGCUGCCCAAUACAUUGUUCCCAAUACGGAAUACUAUUUUGCUCGAGGACAUUUGGCGCCUGAUGCUGACUUUAUUGAUGCCGCUAGUCAAGACGCCAGCUACUACUUCAUGAAUACGGCACCGCAAUUUCAAAUAUUCAACAACGGAAACUGGAAGUGGCUUGAGAUUGGCGUUCGCGACACGGCACUUGCUCGUCAACUGGAUUUGACUAUCUACACAGGAACAUUUUCAGUGACGACUCUAGCUGAUAUUAAUGGGGUUCAACAGCCUAUAUUUUUGGCGUUUGAUGCAAACAAUAAUGGCUUAAUUCCAGCCCCUAAGUACUACUGGAAACUUAUUCAUGAGCCCAUCUCGAAUACUGCCACCGCUGUUAUUGGCAUCAACAAUCCUUACAAUGCGGUAAUGCCUGAAGAUAUUUUAUGCCCUGACGUCUGCGAUCAAAUUCCUUGGGUGAAUGACGCAAUUUUCCAACUUACUAACAUUGCCAAAGGUUACACUUUUUGUUGUACCGCUGCCGAACUGCACAAAGCUAUCAGCUUUGCUCCUAAUUUGGAUGUUCCCCUUUUUGUUUAAUUAAAAUUGAAAAAUAUUGUAAAUGCUAUUGCAAUUAUUCACACCGCCCUUUUUUAGUGGACAGGAAAUCAGGAAUGUAUUUCGUGUUUCAACUUCUUAAUAAACUUUUAACCGCA